GCAAGCAGAGGCCAGAGAAAGCAGCAGCAGCAGCCGCCGCCGCCGCGGUUCCCGUUAAAGACAAGGACGCCGGAGCGGGGCCUGCCUUCCUCCGUGACGCAUGAGCCGCCCAGGUCCCCCUCCGCCGCCGCUCUUCCUCCUGGAGGCUUCAAGGGAGAAGGGGGAAAGGAGGGGCCCUGGAGGAGUGGGCGCCGCCGCCACCGCUGCCGGAACCAGGAAAAGUGCUGGGAUUUAAUCACCGCUGGAAGAACGGCUCUUGCCUGAAGGAAGGCAGCCAGGGCUGAGGAGGGGCUGGCUUCCUUCCUUCGGGCUCCGCUUCGCAAACUUGAGCAAGAGGAGAAGAAGAAGAAGAAGAAGGGGACUCUGCCUUUACGCUGCUCCUUCUGCUGCUGCUGCUGCUGCUUUGACCCAGUCUUGGGAGACUUUGGAUCUACAAAUCUGGGUUCCCUUUGGCAGCCCUCCCUCCUCCUCCUCCUCCUCCUCCUCUUUAAAAGGACAACCUUGUGCUUGUUUAAAUUGAAGCAAUAGCCGCGUCCCAAUAGCAGACACUGUGGCAAAAUUAUCCCAGAUGGCCAGUUCCCUCAACGGCCGGAACCCAGGAGGCCGAGGAGGAAACCCCCGCAAAGGGCGCAUUCUGGGAUUCAUUGAUGCUAUUCAGGAUGCAGUGGGCCCUCCAAAGCAAGCAGCUGCUGAUCGCAGGACUGUGGAGAAAACUUGGAAAUUAAUGGAUAAAGUGGUAAGAUUGUGUCAGAAUCCCAAACUUCAGUUGAAGAACAGCCCACCUUACAUACUUGACAUUUUACCAGAUACCUAUCAGCAUUUGCGACUUAUAUUGAGCAAGUAUGAUGACAACCAGAAACUUGCACAGCUCAGUGAAAAUGAAUACUUUAAGAUCUAUAUUGACAGUCUCAUGAAAAAGUCAAAACGGGCUAUAAGGCUAUUUAAAGAGGGGAAAGAGAGGAUGUAUGAGGAACAGUCACAGGACAGGCGAAACCUCACAAAACUUUCACUCAUCUUCAGCCACAUGCUUGCAGAAAUCAAGGCAAUCUUCCCUAAUGGCCAGUUCCAAGGUGACAACUUUCGUAUCACAAAAGCAGAUGCUGCAGAAUUUUGGAAAAAGUUCUUUGGAGAGAAAACCAUAGUGCCUUGGAAGGUAUUCCGACAGUGUCUGCAUGAAGUACAUCAGAUAAGUUCUGGAUUAGAAGCAAUGGCUUUGAAAUCUACCAUUGAUUUAACUUGCAAUGACUACAUUUCAAUUUUUGAAUUUGAUAUCUUCACAAGAUUAUUUCAGCCUUGGAGUUCAAUAUUGAGAAACUGGAACUUCUUAGCUGUGACACAUCCUGGAUAUAUGGCAUUUCUGACUUAUGAUGAAGUUAAAGCACGAUUACAGAAAUACAGCACUAAACCCGGAAGCUACAUUUUCAGGUUAAGUUGCACUCGACUAGGGCAAUGGGCCAUUGGAUAUGUCACUGGCGAUGGAAAUAUUUUACAGACUAUACCUCACAAUAAGCCUUUAUUUCAAGCUCUGAUUGAUGGCAGCCGGGAAGGAUUCUAUCUCUACCCAGAUGGACGGAGUUAUAAUCCUGAUUUGACAGGACUAUGUGAACCCACCCCACAUGAUCACAUAAAGGUUACACAGGAACAAUAUGAAUUGUACUGUGAAAUGGGUUCCACAUUCCAACUUUGCAAAAUUUGUGCUGAAAAUGAUAAAGAUGUGAAGAUUGAACCUUGUGGGCAUCUGAUGUGUACAUCUUGCCUUACAGCAUGGCAGGAGUCUGAUGGUCAAGGAUGUCCUUUCUGCCGCUGUGAAAUCAAAGGGACAGAACCCAUAAUUGUAGACCCCUUUGAUCCCAGGGAUGAAAACACAAGGUGCUGCAGCAUUAUGGAUAGUUUUGGUAUACCCAUGCUUGACUUGGAUGAUGAUGAUGACAGAGAAGAAUCUUUAAUGAUGAAUCGACUGGCAUCUGUGCGAAAGUGUAAUGAAAGACAGAAUUCCCCUGUGACAUCCCCAGGAUCUUCUCCACUUGCUCAAAGAAGAAAACCUCUUCCUGAUCCCCUGCAAGGGCCUCAUCUUAGCCUCCCACCAGUGCCUCCUCGACUAGACCUAAUUCAGAAGGGAGCUGCUCGAUCACCUUGUGCCAGCCCUGCUAGUUCACCAAAGUCUUCUCCAUGCAUGAUGAGGAAACAAGACAAGCCUCUUCCUGCACCACCACCUCCUAUACGGGAUCCUCCUCCGCCACCACCAGAAAGGCCUCCUCCCAUUCCACCAGAUAACAGGUUAAAUAGACACUUACAUCAUCCUGAAGGUGUGCCUUCCAGAGACCAGCCUAUGCCACUUGAAGCCUGGUGUCCCAGAGAGGUUUGUGGGACUAAUCAAAUAGUGGGAUGUCGAAUAGCUGGAAGUGAUGGUUCUCCCAAACCUGGACUCACUGCAAGUUCAAAUAUGAAUGGAAGGCAUUGUCGAAUGGGAUCUGAUCCAAUAUUCCUGCGAAAACACAGACGUCAUGAUUUGCCUCUAGAAAAUGCCGUGAUAUUUUCAAAUGGCCACCUAGGUAAUGAGGAAUAUGAUGUUCCACCUCGACUUUCACCCCCUCCUCCAGUUGCCUCAGUCAUGCUGAAUAUGAAGUCGUCUGUUCCUGUUAUAAAUUCUCUCCCUGAAAAACCAAGGGAAAAUGUAGAAGAAGAUGAAUACAAGAUUCCUUCAUCCCAUCCUGUUUCUUUGACCUCACAGUCACCUCAUUGUCAUAAUAUAAAGCCUCAUAUUCGUUUAUGUGAGAAUGGUCAGUGCUCUGGAAUAAUUACUGAAACUCACAACUCUGCCUCUGAGAUGAAACGUUUGAAACAACCAGAAAUGGGAGAAGCCUUUGAGUCGAUGGUCUCAGUACCUUUACCACCUGCACGGCCUCCUGUGAGAGAUAAUCUGAAACAUAGCACAGGACUCAACAGGACUCCCUCUGAUUAUGAUUUGCUGGUGCACCCCCCAGGUGAAGAUGCGCCUGACAAUCCACCUCCCGCUCUUCCUCCUCCACCACCACCCCCUGCACGCCAUAGCCUUAUUGAACAAACAAACUCACUUGUUGCAGGAAGCAGACCUCUGUCUGGGCAUGAGCUAUACCUUCCUCCUGCUGAUCUUUUCUUUGAUCCUGUAAAUGGCUUAGUUCCAUUGCCACCUGUUCGAAGGUUAACUGGUGAAAAUAUGAAAACUCACAGAACAUCACAAGACUAUGACCAGCUUCCAUCUAGUUCUGAUGGUUCACAAGCACCAGCCAGACCUCCUAAACCACUUCCUCGCAGGACUGCUCCAGAAAUACACCAUAGGAAGGCACAUCAUUCUGACUCAUCUAUAGAAAAUGUUGAUGCAAAAAUUGCAAAACUUAUGGGAGAAGGCUAUUCAUUUGAAGAAGUGAAGAGGGCACUUGAAAUCGCCCAAAAUAAUCUUGAUGUAGCACGGAGCAUACUAAGAGAGUUUGCUUGUUUUCCUCCAGCAAUUUCCCAGCGUCUUAACCUAUAGCAGUAUGGAAACAUUACAUCAAACCAGUUCUCCAUAUGUGGGAAUGUGAAUAUAAGAAGUAACAUGCAAGUGUGAAAUGCGUUUCAAAAGAGGUGUUCUUCUCUAAGCAUCUUUGAAGAGCUGAAGUGCAGCAGUUUUUCCCCCCAGAAUAAGAUAACUGCUCAGUUCAAGAUAUAAGUGGAUUGAGUGUUCUGUAUUUUUGCUAGCCAUACUUAUUGAAUCAGGGUUGAACUGACAAAUAAUUUAAAGUUUACUUCCCAUGAACUUUUAAUCUGUGAAAUGCUUUUUUCAUGUUUACAAGGUGGUGAGUGACCGUUUCCAAGCUGAAAGUCCUCCUGUGUUCUUGUUCAUAUUUUUUUAUUCUUGUCUGGCAUUUCUUACUGUUUUUGUAGUUGUUUGUCCCAUCAAACAAGUCAGUUAUAUCUUUUUAAAUGCACUCCAUUUUGAUUUUGAUUUAAUUAUUAUAUUUUUCAUCACAGCAGCAAGCAAAUGCAAGAAGAAUGUGGCCUUCAUUGCUGACUCCCCCUUCCCCCACCAGUAAACCUUUGCUAUUUAGAAAGUGAAGUGAAUGUGUACUGCAUUGUCUUGUUUGGUCCAUCUUUUUAAAGGCAUUUUGACUGCAGUAUUGGGUAUCUUUUCUUUGAUAUGUGGCUAGUAAGAUUUAAAAUCUAGAUGGGUUCAGUGAGAAAAUUAACUCCCAUAACAUUAAACUGCAUAAUAGUACCCAAAAAUGUAAAUCAGAUCUGGAACACAUGCUAAUAAUAAUAAUAACCCAGAUGUAUGUGUUUUAAAAUUAGUCCUUGGUUCCAUAAUAAGCUUGAUUAAAGGUCUCUGUGUUGUUCGUACCUUGAAUAUCGUCUGGUAUGACAAAUAGAUCCAUCAUGCUGAAUUAUAUUAGCAGAGAUCAGGUAAAUUAUACUCCUGUCUUCUGAAAAGUGAGGUGCAGUUAAUUUCCUGGGUGGAUGAUUAUCCUCUGAUUCAUCACCACUUUAGUGGACUUCAUAGUAACUGAGGAGCUUUAAAUCUUUACAUUGUUCAGCUCUAAUGCUACCAUACAAUAUUUUUGCAAAGCAUCUCAUUAAUUCCCAUUAAUUUCUUAAGUGUAUAUUCAGUGCCCAGAUCAACUCAUAGCAUCAUCCUUGCAUUCUUGUUGCCUGGAGUUCAUGGGAGUAGAUUGUAAUGUCACCUUCUAAAGCACAAGCUAGAUCAAGAACCUCAACUUCUUAAAUGAAUUGUUCUUACUAAAUUCCAGAUUAAGUCUAUUCAUGCUACUCCAGGCCCAAACAGUAACAUUUCCAAUUUUCUUGCUGACAUUGUAGACCUGUCUUUGACAAAGUGGACUGAACACCAAAGUAUGUACUGAAAAGAAAUUAUUUGCCUUCUAGUGUUCUGCAAACACUACUCAUUACGCGUCUGUGCAGAAUACUCACUUGCCAGGGUCUUGUUGCUAUUUUGUCCUGUGCUUGAUUGAAAAUUUCACUGGCCAGUCUUAAAUAUAUGUCUUCCUUGCA